UGUUGAUGAGACAACGGGCAGCACAGACAAAAAGAAGAAAAUCUGGUUUCCGUCUGCAAAUUAAAUUUAACUAGUAUUUCGUAGCAAAAAUUAACAUACAAUAUGUCCAAACUACUGGGUGUGCCACUGAAGAAGCCUUCAGAGGUGGACAUAAUAAAGCCUCUGAACAAUCUCAUACAAAGCACCUACAAUGGUGCCAGCGCCGAGGAGAAGGCGCAGUAUGCGGACGCAGUAAAUGAGUUUUCAAAGCAACGCAAUACGGCAAUUUGGAAGUUUUUCGAAAAGUAUGAGGCAUCGCUGGAAGUCGUUUAUGCCUACUACGAUCAAAUAUGCGCAUUAGAGACCAAGAUAUCAGCUGGCGAGCUGCAGAUACCCUUCAAGUGGAAAGAUGCCUUCGACAAGGGCUCCAUUUUCGGUGACAAAAUCAGUCUGACUCAUACCUCGCUGCUGUACGAGAAGGUUUGCGUGCUUUUCAACAUUGCCGCAUUGCAGAGCAGUGUGGCUUCUAGUCAGCAACUUGACACGGAUGAGGGUCUCAAGCUGGCUAUCAAACUGCUGCAGCAAAGCGCUGGCAUCUUCCAGUAUUUAAAGGGCGCCACGCCCGCAGCGGUGCCCUCAGAGCCCACUCCAGACUUGAGUCAGGAUACGCUGAUUGUGCUGCAGGCCUUGAUGGUGGCACAAGCUCAGGAGGUGUUCAUACUGAAGGCUAUUAAGGACAACAUGAAGGAACAAAUCAUAGCCAAGCUGUGCUGCCAGGGUGAGGAAUUCUAUGCUGAUGUGCUGCGUGCCAUGCAAAAGGAGUCCGUACGCAGACUCUGGGAGAAGGAGUGGAUACCCACAGUGGCUGGCAAGCAGGCAGGUUUCCAUGCACUGACGCAGCUGUAUCAGAGUCUGGUCUGUCGUUCGUCCAAAAAGAUUGGCGAGGAGAUUGCGCGGCUGCGCAAUGCCAUCGAUUUGUUCAAAGCAGCCCAGUCACGUGGCGGCAACGAGACCUACCUGGACGAGUACUUCAGUCGCGCCAAGCGCAACCUCGCCGAGUCCACCAAGGACAACGAGUUCAUCUACAAUGAAAUGAUACCAGAGCUGAGUACCUUGGCUUCGCCCGGCAAGGCGCAGCUGGCCAAACCGCUGCCCUUGGCGACGCCCAUGUCUGGCAAUUUUAGGGACAUCUUUAGCAAUCUGGUGCCCGUUGAGCUACAUCGCGCACUGACCGCUUCCGAUAUGCGCAAGAACGAGAUUGUCAAUGCGGAAAUCAUGAAGCUGCGUGAUGCAACCCAGACCUUGAAUGCCGUGCUGGCCAGUUUGAAUCUGCCGGCUGCUGUCGAGAUAACGGAUGGCAGCAGCGGUCUGCCGCCUUCACUGCGAGAGAAGGCUCACGAGGUGCGCGAAAAGGGCGGCAUUGAGAAUGUGCAGACACUGCUGAAGGAUUUGCCCGAGCUGCUCAAUCGCAAUCGCGAGAUAUUAGAUGAAACCGAACGGCUGCUGGACGAGGAGCGUGACUCAGACAAUCAGCUGCGCGCACAGUUUAAGGAGCGCUGGACACGCAUCAGCUCGGACAAGUUGACCGAAAUGUUCCGCACGAAUUCCAAGAAGUAUCGCGAGGUCAUCACCAAUGCCAUCGAGGCCGAUAAGGUGGUUCGCCAGAAAUUCGAGGCUAACCAGAAAGGCAUAGAGCUACUCUCCCUGCCGCCCGAGCAGAUACAACAGUCGCUGCCUUCGGCCAGCGGCAGCGUGGAUCCCAACUGUUCCAGUGUGCUGCGUCUUAAACAGCUAAUGGAAGCUGUUGAGACCAUCAAGGCGGAGCGCGACGCUGUCGAAUCGGAACUGAAGUCGGCCACGUUUAACAUGAAGGACGAGUUUCUGCUUGCUCUGCAAAAGGAUGGUGCCAUCGAUGAGCCUGCCUUGUCAUUGGCGCGCAUUGGCCAAGUGCUGAACCCACUGCAGGCACAGGUUAAGGAGAGCGUGGAACGGCAGGCAUCGCUGGUCGCCGAUAUUCAAAGUGCUCAUGCAGCCUUCGUCUCCGAGACGGGCAACUGCGGCAGCUCACGCGACAAACUGUACCAGGAGCUGGCCACCGCCUACGACAGUUACAUCGAGCUGUCGGGCAAUCUGCAGGAGGGCACCAAGUUCUAUAAUGACCUCACCCAGCUGCUGGUUGUGUUUCAGAAUAAGAUCAGUGAUUUUGUGUUUGCACGCAAAACCGAAAAGGAAGAGCUGCUCAAGGAUCUGACCACUGAAUCGAGUCGCCAGGCACCGCCGGCCACACCGGCUCUGCCAUCACACUAUGCAUCCACAUCGGGCAGCGGCAGCGAUUUUCCAAACGUGCCCGCUGGUGCUCCGCCCGCAACAGCUGCGGCAGCGAACGUGCCGUAUCCGGCUCAAGUGCAUAUGCCAGUACCGUAUGGCGCCUCUUCGAAUGUGCCGUAUCCCACUUAUGUGCCACCGCCCAUGCCGCAAAGCUUCAAUCCCUAUGCCACGCUCCCAUAUCCAGGCAAUUAUCAAUAUGGUGGAUUCCCUCAGGGCCCCCCACCCGGCCACUAUGGCACCUAUCCCGGCAGUUUUGCUCAUCAACAGGGCGGCUAUCCCAACCAGAAACCGCCCGGUUGGUAAAUUAACGAGCUCUAUUCCACAUCAGUUAUAUCGCACUGUGUUUAGCCUGCGGCUCUAUAUGUUAUUCGUGAAUUUAGAUUCGAUCUAAACCUGGAUUGGUUAUGGCAUUUAAUGCGCGCACCCCGGCCACCCUUUUUGGUUCCGUUUCAAAUUGUAUCAAAUAUAAGAAAAUGAAUGCUUAUUGGAUUUUAAUCUCAUAUACGUAUCACAAUAAACGUUCCGUCAUAGCGCUAUAA